AGUGAUCCGUGUCUAAAACCUGCCAUAUACACACGGACAAACACACAGACAGUAUCCAAAGAAAGUAACUACUCAGUGCGGCUAGGACAUUCCAUUCAUUGUACUUGUCGUCCUUGUAAUCGCUGAUUCGCUUUGACUAGUGUCGCCUUGGUCUCCCUCGGUUGGCGUGCAGACCACGCUGCUGUGGUCCAGUCAUGACUCAAGCUUGCUAAGUUUUAUAGUCACCGAAUCCCAUCGCCAUCGUUAUCAUCUCCCCCCGUCGCUUGGCAAACAUGGGAGUAGAGUGCAAAAGGGAACUAUUCGUGGGAGGUUACCGAGCUUAUUUAUCGUGGCGCUUGAAUAUGAACACAGAAAAACGCACACAAAAAAUAUCUCCAUACGUUAUGUGAACAGUUCUUCCUCAUUCUGCUCAUGAUUCUAGGUAUAUCUAUCGCUGCGUUCUGUUAGGAAAAAUCGAACGUUUAUUUUACGUUGUUCCGUGGUCUACAGGGCAAUUCAUGAUGAUGCAUUCGGUUGUCUUUCCAUAGCAGCACAGGCAACAGUUUGUGUUGUACUUAAAGAAUUGUGAACUCAGUUUUGAUUUAGUUCAACCACUUGAUAACAUGCGUUCCUUCUUUCUGCGUCGUUUAGCAGGAGCAUCGCGGGCGCACGACAAGAUCGAAGAUCGUCAUCCGCCUUCCCGGUGGUUCGUCUCUGCAGCUGGCACGCAGGGGCAUUCCCGUUCGCGACUACCGUGUAGGAAAUCCACUUCCUAGCGUCCCUAGUUGCAGUUGAGGAAUAUGGCUUCAAGACUCAGGCGGCUCCAUAUUGUGAGUCAUGCUCUGGCACUGGUACCCUUCGUCGUGGCCCCCGCGAGUGGCCGUGCUGUCGACAGCCAGCGUGUCAGCGCGGAAGGCGACACUAUCAGUGCUGCAGAGCGAGAGCGGACGCCCGGCGGUCGACUGGCGAGUGACCAGAACAAGGGCGGAGGAAGCAAGAUCGUGCGCGCAACAACUGUGCCGUCGUCCUUUGGCUCCUUCGGUGCUUCCCGGGGAAGCACGGGGUGCAACACGCCGUCUUACGAAUUAUUACGUAGCGGUGCAGAUUUUUCGCAAGCUCUUGGAAAACUGCUGUUAGAGGCGAAGAAGAGCGUCUUUUUCGUCUCCACGUUUCUUACUGGCGACUUCCCUAUCAUACUAGAAUCAGAUCGCAUCGAGGAGGCAGAUUCUAGUUCGAGUACGGCUAAAAUUGAUCCUGUUAGCAAGAAAACGACCUUUGGUACCACGACACUUCGCGAGGUUCUAACCAGCAGGAUGGCCCGCUCGGUGUCGGAGAAGAUUCUGUUAACCUCGCCCCAUCCGGAUGUGGGUACCAUGUUCUGGGACUCUGCAAUUGUACAGAAUCUAACUGCAGAUGGGUGGGAUGUCCAUUGGUUGCCAUUUUACCGUGGCCGCAAUGGCUUGAGCAACUUGAACCACGCGAAGCUCUACAUGGUGGAUGACGAGCACUUUAUUGUCGGCGGUAUCGAUCCUUUCCGCGGCCGUUUUGCCUCGGACACUCACGACCUCAUGGUGCAGCAGACAAGUGGCACCAGCAGCCCCCACAUUGACCUUGUGACACAGGAGCGGCAGGAUGUGGCAGUGCUGAUCCGCAAUGCCGCGCCCCAGGUUACGCGUGCACUGCGAAACCAGCUGUCACACAUCAUAACAACGCUGGCGACGCUUCCGCGGUCGUGGGUAUCUUUUUCCGGGGCAGCUGCCUCGGUUUUCCCUUGGUUCCUGCGAUGGUUCAAAACGGCGCCAACGCCUGAACCCUCAAAUAACGGUAAUGGACCAGAGGACCGUGGUGAGGGCGGACAACAAAAUCUCCUGCAGAUGCCACAAGAGGAAGAGGGCGACGCGGCGGGUUGUGAAAAAAAUGAAGCUCCUACUACUUCUUUGGAAGUUCUUUGGAACGGCGGGAUUCUGACAAGGGACGGCACAGCUGGUGAGGAAGUGUCUUCACGCCAGUCAUUCGGGAGACGUCAGCUAUCCGAGGCACUCGAGCGCGCAGUUCGGUGCAGUGCAGGAGCCGGCUUCGUCUACCUCGAAACUCAAUAUUUUCAGCUUGGUGUGCGGGAAACCUGCACGGCCCCAUCUUCAUCGUCUUCGGCGUUUGUACAGCAAGGAGAUCAUGACGUCGGCGCCGACUUCUACGAUCGCAAGAACAACGAGGCUCGUGAUUCUCGAACACGUCCUCCCCCGUUCGCGCGUGACGGAGUGCGGCCAGCUGCGCAAGGAAGCGUGUCGGUCGUGCCGCUUCCCUGUCUACUGAUACAAAGGGUUAUGCAGAGCACUGCAGCCGACGUUAGUUCAGCUUCAGCUUCAGCAAGUACGCGAUCCAAUUCCACCAGUGAGAGCAUCAAGAAUCGCCCCACCUCUAGCGUAGCACUACAAGGAAUGGCAUCUCCCGAGGCUGCUGAUUCACACGUGGAAAAGAAAAACCACGCUCAUGUCUUUAUGCCGGCCGAAACGGUGAAGCAGAUGAAGGUAAAAAGGAGUAGUGUUAGUCUCGACCGGAGGACGAAAUACAGCCUCGCGAUUACCGUUCCCUACGUGAACAGCGGAAAUACCCUUGAAACUGCUCUGACAUGGCGUACGAUAGAACGCUUCGAGGCGGAUCCGAUGCUGCGGCACUACCUGAAACCAUGCAGAAUCAGUACUGGUAGCAAUCAGGAGGCUGCUCCCGUUGCUUUGCACGACAAGAGCGACCCAGCGUGGACUACUUCUCCACAACCAGCUGCAAUAGACGGCCAACCGUCCACCACCUCGCAACAUAGCCAAGAACACGUGAACCAGAACCUGGGGCCGCACGAAGAAGAGUUGUAUAGGAACCACACCUGCGGGCGAGUAGGCUUCUUUCACAUGGCAUCUGCCUUCCUUGCCAAAACGAACGACGGUCGCUGGCUGGUGGAGUUUCAUGGAGUGUACGUCCAUUCAAAAAUGCUUGUGGUAGAAGAAGAUGACGAGAGUGGAGUCGAUGUUGAGCCCCGAGGGCCUACUUCGCCUUCGGAAGAAAUCAAACCAACGAACGGGUUUUUUUUUGAUGAGAGUGGAGUUCUUGUGGCAGAACCGUCUGCCGCGAGCGAGACGCACGGGGAGCCUGGUCGCCACGAACGCAACCUGCAAAGAAGCAAAACGGCAAGCCUGAGAAAUCAUUCCGAGCGCAGGGCGGGCGUAUCGGUGGUGUCCAGCGCGAACGUCAACGCUCGCUCACUCGCGGGGACGGGGGAUCUCGAGGCCGGAAUCGAGCUCCCUUCCAGUGUGGCGAGCGACACAAUUUGGCAGUACCUCCGCCGGAACGGCUGCACAGCGGAUGAGACCUUCUACAGUGCGCCGCAAGAAGAUGAACAGGAUCCUUCUACUCCGCUAAGCUUAGCUGCUUCUGGUUCGGCUGUUUGGGCGGGAGCCGCUGGCGAACGAACGAGCGCGAGAUCUCUAGUCGACUUGAUCGAUGAUUGCAGUGACCGUAUGAAUGCAGAUCUGCGUGAGCUACUAGGUUUUGAUCUGCGCAGCAUGCCGGUGUUGGAUUUUCUCGCUAAAGCCGCAUUCGUGUCACCGCCCGGAUAUGUUGCCAAGGAGAAGAAAUCCGCGGGGAGCGAUAUCUUCGGUUCCGUCCAAAGGCAGCACACAACAUUUACGACGAGGGAUUUUCUCGAUGUCCUUAGCGGCACCAAGGUCGCAAAAUUCGUGGUCCCCGCGAGGACUGUUGAUGCAUCUCAGCCCGCACUCCCCGACGUGGACGCGGUCGAGAACCAUGUGCGCACCUUUCUACGGAAUAAAGCAGCGCGCCAAGAAGGAUUCAAUCACAAAAAUCGCGGAGCUGCACAGACAGGUCGAAACGAAAGAAAUAGCACUGCCUUAUCCACCGCGAAAACGGGAGCGGAUCCGGAGGUUGAGUACGAACUAGAGCGGUCGCUAUUGCAGGAAGAUACCCAUAUCAUUCUUGCAGAGAAGAGUACUGCAAGAAAGGAACGCAAGACGCUUUUUGAUCUCGAAGAUCCUACUGAACAAGAUGAAAAAGUAGCACAACAAGAAGAUCAGAGCAGCGACCACAUCCGAGACGAGCGAGCUCAAGGAGAUGACAGUGGCGUACUGUAUCGCUUGCCGCUGUUUCGGGGUGCACUUCUUCGUCGAAAUGGAGCUUUUGGUGGAACCGGCAAUGUUCUAGGAGAGUCGGAUAUGUCAUGGUCCGAGCAACUAAAGUACAAAAUCUUCAUACCAGCGCGGAGAAAAAAUCAAAAUGCGGUAGUUGUUCAGAAGAAGGCAGCGACCAGGCCGGGGUCGGACCGCGACAGUGGCCGCUUCGACGGGCAGACUAAUAGGGGUUCUCAAAAAAAUGAAGAAGUAGAGGAUGGGCCGGAUAACGGGCGUCAGUACAAUGCCGCUGAUCAACUUCAAACGGCGGACGAGGACCCGUUUCAUACCAUUGAAGCCUCAGAUGAUUCGCUCUUCCGCCUUUUGGAUUAGGGACCUCGAGCGACGCGCUGCAGUAAAGAUAUCGGCGAAAUUGAAAAGCUUUGUUGCUUACGAGUUUAAGUUUCUGACUUUGUAAUUGUAUAAAAAGAUCGCGGUCAUGAUGAUCUCUUUUCAAGAUGAUAUUCAUAUGUUUGAGGUUGUACACCCCCUUCACCAGGAACAUCGCGUGAUCUUUAACACAAAAUCAAAAUGCACAGUGAUUUGUUAAUAUUUCGCUACGUUUCGUUUUCAUUUCGUGCUGACGGAUGCGUGAUUCAUAAUGUGCAUCUUUUCUGAAAAGCCAAGCUUCUUCCAAUAUUGAUGAAUGUAUGAUCGGUGAUACGACGCACAUAAAAAGUGGAUAAGUAUAUAAUCCUGCCGCUCCGGCGCAUUGACUCCAAUGUGGUUUGAGGACGUUGAGGCUCGCCCCUCCAGCCUUGAGCUUGAAAAUCUUGCGCCCCGCAUGACUGUUUUUUUCGCAACAUCUUGUAGUUAACGCGUACCAAAACAUUCAUAGUUCGCCCGUACAAGAUGGAGUCACUUAGUGACGGUAACCCUUGGCG